AUGGAGCUAUUUGCAGAAACAAUUGCCAAUCAGUACAAGCUAGUUGGCAAGGACCAUAUGGAUGCCAUUAUAAACUAUAUAGUCGGUCCUGGGGAAAAGUAUGCGAUUGCCUUGAUGAACGGUGAGUAUGAUGAUGAGUCCUUAAAGUUCUUGGAUCUCCUUUUACGAUUCUCAGCACUUGACCAGUCAAAUAUUAUCAUCAACGGCCCAUCUGAUGAAAAACGGGAGAAGGUUCUCUUCCUACUAUACAAAUUAUUCCACGCGCCUGGCUAUCCUCAGGUCGACGAUUGUGCCGUUAUUCUGCUUUUAGAAUUUUGGACUGAAGUUGCAAGCGAUAUAGACGAGCUGGUUCUUGAUGGUGCACUGGCGAUUUCUGAAGAAAUUAAACAAAAGCUUGCCAGGGUUAUUACUGAGGGUUAUGACAAACUACGUUUCCCAAGCCACGAAGUUUCCGAGACUUGGGAUGACAACGAGUUGAGAUUGUUCGUUUAUUUCCGCCGUGAAUUUGCUGAGUACCUCCUUGAGGUAUAUCCACUGUUAGGAGUGGACGUUAUUCGCCAUAUUCUGGAACAGGCUUCGAACUCAAUUGCGAAGAACGAUUGGGAAGGGUUCGAGGUUGCAAUCUAUUGUUUGGGAUCCCUUGCGGAAUCUGUUGCUGAAAACGAGCAUGCCGACCAUCUUCUUGACGACCUAUUCUGCUCAGAAGUGUUUCAGUCAGUAUGUUUCGGUCACAAGGAAAUUCCUCUAAAGGUACGGCAAACCAUGGCCGACAUGAUCGACCAUUAUACUCCAUAUUUUGCUAGGAAUGGGAAGCUCCUUACCCCGGUGUUGAACUUCUUGUUUAGCUCCCUUGAUUUCCCUUCUUGCGACCCAGUGGCCUCACGAUCUAUCUCCUCGCUCUGUCAGUCAUGCCGAAAGUUCCUCCCUAUGCAUUCCCAGGGAUUUAUCGAUAAAUUUCACCAGCUAUGUACCAAGAGUUCACUCAGUGACUCCACCCUAGAGCGUGUUGUAGAGGGAAUUGCUGCGGUCAUCCAGGCGACGGAACUUGAUAGAGAGAGAGCUGUUGCUCUAUUGAAAUUACUUAACCCUUUACUCCAAGAGGCACAGGCAGCCUGUCAACAAGCGAGCAAUGGGCAAUAUGAAGAGGGUCUGGCGCGAAGUUUAAUAGUAAUGCGUUGCACGGCGAGUAUUGGAAGGGGUAUUCGCGCUCCAGAUGACGAUGUGAUUGAUCUUGAUACCCACGAUUCCCAGCCUGCAUCCGACUCAUUCUGGGCCAAUGACCCUCUCGGAGUAUCUGUUACGGAAACUGUUAUUUGCAUCCUUGACACAUUAGUGGGCCAGUUUCCCAACGAGAGCUACAUGAUUGAGGCGACUUGCGACGUACUCAAGGCUGGUUACACUGAGAGGCACCCAGGCCCUUAUGUUCUCCCAACCCAAGUAACCGUUCGCUUUGUGAAGGCCACAAAUAUCUCAUCUCCUCGUCUUUCUAACGUGAUGGCUACCGCUACUGCAUUUUUGGCCUCCCGGUCUUCAACCCCCCUUGUCAUUGAACAGGAAGUUACGGAAUUGACCCUGCACACAGCUACUUUAAUACAAACCUUGACAGUCUCGGCCAACAGCUAUGAUCCAGAAGCGGCACACAGCUGUAUAGACUUCCUUACCCGUCUCAUCCCAAGAUAUUAUGUGCAAUUCUUUAACCUGCAGUACGUGGAUACUACUCCGCCCCCUCUUCCUGCAAUCCUUAGCUUCACUCUGGAUGUGCUCAAGAGGCCUGAACCCUUACCUCUUCGCGCAUCUUGCUCAUUCUGGGCUGCCAUAUUAUCCCUAACCGACCUGCCUGCUGGGCUAAUCUCAACCGGGGCCUCUACGGGCCCUCCCCGGCCUAACGAACCUCCAGGAUUCCUGGACCCUUAUCUUCGCGUACUUGGCGAAACUGUUAUGCACCAGAUUGCUGGGAACUGUGCCCGUUCCGAUCUGGACCAUUUCUGUGAGGUCAUUAAGAAAUUUGUCUUCAAACAUCAGGGCGCUGCUCGGCUCUAUUUUGGCAAUGGACUGGCAUCUCUGGAUGUUUCACUCAAAGCUCCUGCCUCUGACACUGGAGCGUCACAGUCAUUGCCGGCACCAUCUGUUACACAGCAGGACUUACAAAAGUUUCUUUCUACCAUUAUUUCUCUCCGAGGGGCAAGACAGACGAAUGCAAAUGUCAAAAAUUUCUGGGUAUCUAACCGGGGUAAAGGGUUUGCAUACGUAUAA